CUCCCUGCCUCUCCCGCCCUCCCUCCUUGCCUGUCUCGCCCCCCUACCCGCUCUUUCCUUUUUUCCUCCUAUCCGGCUUGCUGGGCUUCUCAACUCCGAUAAUGUCCACACACUCGCGCAUUAUCAUCGGGAUGUCCGCCCUCACGGCGUCCUUCCUCUUCGUGGGCUCCUCCUUCAACGAGGUCCGCCACUGGCCCUUCAAUGGUCUGGCGACCGGGGUCUUGAAGAUGUUCGACCCGGAGACCGCCCACAACCUGGCCCUGAAGGCGGCCGCCCGGGGCCUGGUCCCGGUGGAUCGGCGUAUGCCGGCCGGCGUGUACCGGACCCCCGAGGGCAUCAGCGAAUUUGCCGAGCCCCUGCUCAAGGACUAUCGCGAUCGGUCGCUGGAGACGCAGCUGUGCUCGCUGCGCAUGGCCAGCCCAAUCGGCCUGGCCGCCGGCUUCGACAAGGACUGCGUGGCUCCCUUCAAUCUGGCGCGCGUGGGGUUCGGCGCCGUGGAGGUCGGCACCGUGACCCCGGAGCCACAGCCGGGCAACCCCCUGCCGCGUCUCUUCCGUCUGGAGGCCGAUCGAGCCAUCGUCAACCGGUUCGGGUUCAAUAGCGCCGGCUUCACCGCGGUCUCGGAGUCCCUGCGCCAGCAGCGCCAAAAGCAUGGCGAGGUGCAGCCGACGGUUAUCGGCGUCAAUCUCGGCAUCAACAAGACUACCACCGAGCAGGAGGCCCCGGCCGCCUAUGCCCGAGGGAUCUCCACCUUCGGCGACUUGGCCGAUUACUAUGUCAUCAAUGUCUCCUCGCCCAAUACCCCGGGGCUGCGCGAUCUCCAGCACUCGGCUGCUCUGCGCAAGAUCAUCCAGUCGUCCCAGGCGGCGCGCACUGAGGCCGGCCUCAAGACCCCUAUCUUCCUGAAGAUCUCGCCCGAUCUCAGCGCCGAGCAGCUCAAGGACAUUUGCUCCCUGGCAAUGGAGCUGUCCAUCGACGGGAUGAUCGUCUCCAACACCACCAUUUCCCGUCCGGAGCACCUCACCUCGAGCGACGCGUCGGAGGCCGGUGGCCUCAGUGGCCAGCCGCUUUUCGAUCGCUCCACCGAGAUGCUGGGCCAGGUCUACCAGCUGACUGGUGGUGCCAUCCCUCUCGUGGGUUGUGGCGGUGUUUCCAGUGGCAUGGACGCCUUUGAGAAGAUUGCCCACGGCGCCUCUUUUGUCCAGCUCUAUUCGUCCCUCGUGCUGGAUGGCCCGCGUGUGGUUUCCCGCAUCAAGGACGACCUUGUUGUGAUUCUCCGCGAGAAGGGCUUCGAGUCUGUGUCCGAGGCAGUGGGGAGCAAGUUCCGCGCGCCGGUUGAUGCUGCUGCCGCUGCUACUGCUACUGCCAAGUUGGAGGUGGGUUCCGAGUAGUGCCCAUCAUCAUGCUGGCUCCCCCUCUCCCCGCCGGCCAUCAGCCCCCCUUCCUUGUUCCUCUCAGACAUCGGGCGUCUCCUGGCCGAUGCGCUGACCCUGGCUCGUGUGACUCUCAUAGAUCGCACAUGGGAUCACAGACUCCCCCCCCCCCC